AUGGCCUUGCGAGAUGCACUGGCUGUUCAGAAGAGAACAAGAAGCAGUGUUCCAAGGAGGAGGACAGGCUGCCAAACAUGCCGUAAAAGAAGGAUAAAGUGUGAUGAGAGUAAGCCGAGUUGCGCGAAAUGCCUUCGAUCUGGAUGGAAAUGUGACUAUGAUGCUGCAUCGGCCUCUUCCGAGAGUGAGACCAGCCCAGCUACGAUAUCAGGAUCAUCAGCUCUCUUGCCCAUCGCCAGCUACUCCAUCCCAUUCAAGAUCCCCGGAAGCCAGAAAGACCGGAGACUGCUCCACUACUUCUGUGUCCAAGGUUCAGAGGAUAUCUCUGGGUUUCUGGCAUCGGGCUUCUGGUCUCAAACUGUGCUCCAGGCUGGACACGAAGAUCUAGUGGUGCGGCAGGCCCUGGUUGCAAUGAGCUCACUCCCCCUAGACUACAUAUCGUCAAGUCCUGACAAAGCAUCGGCAGCCAGUCCCGAAACCUUGAGUCUGUACGGCAAAGCUUUACGAUCCCUAGGGAAGCGGAUAGCUCAGCCUUCAGAUGGCGCUACAAGGACUGCUUUGGUCUGCUGCAUUUUGUUCUAUUGCUGCGAAAGCACCAUCGGUGACCGCAAUGCCGCACUCCAACAUCUCAGCAACGGCCUUAAGCUCCUGGCAUCUGCUCAACGUGAAAAGGUCGCCGACGGGUCCAAGGACAUCGAGAGCAUGACCACUAUUUUCGAACGCCUGGACAUGCAAGCCAGCUUCUUCGAAGACGACCGAAUACCAAUCCUUGCGUCACCAGAGUAUAAAUGUGAAGAGCCAGAUCAUGGCCCAAUGCCGCCGCAUAAAGACUUCCUGGGGCUUCAAGACGCUCAGCAGCGACUGGUUAAACUUCAAGCAUGGUUGUAUCAUUUUGUCAACAAGAACUCCGAAUUCUAUCAGGAGGCGAAGGAGUCCCUGAGCUUGGACAUUUUGGAAGAAAAGUCUUCUUUGGAACAGGGUUACAAUGCCUGGAUCGAAGGCAUCAACGAAUUCGAGAACAGAGAUCGCCACGAUGACCAAACCUUGCACGGUAUUCGAACACUUCUGGUUCACUUCCACGUUUGCCAAAUGAUAUUGCAAUCAAAGUUCCCUCAAGAUCACAGCGUGUUUGGUGCUUCGCCUAAUCCAACCGCUCAUCACAUACUCGAUCUGGCUGAGACCUUGCUCGAGCAUACCAUACAGGUCAAUGCCUCUCCUAGUGCUACUAGGACUCCACGGCGCAAUUUCUCGCUGGAAACUGGAGUUGUAGCUCCAUUGUUCGCUCUGGCAAUCAAAUGCUCAGACGAUUCAGUGGCUACAAGAGCUGCUCAAAUGCUUGCCUCAUCAUACCGAAGGGAGGGUCUAUACGAUGCUCAGACCAUGUCGCGUAUCAUUAAUGAACUGAAAAGAUCACGAGAGAGUGCCAUGCAGAUCAAAGAGCAGAAUGGAGGUUCGAUCGAAGAUAUGAUUCCACUAGAAUACCAUAUACCUGAUCAGUAUGACGGCGGUGGGAUAGACAAGCUUCUUUGGUCUAUGAGUCUUUGA